CAUCUUUGAUUCAGAUAAGGAGUUAGUUCCGAGUACAAUGGAGUUAACAUCAUUGAUUUUGCAACCAAACUUGACACACUUGUUUCCAACAUUCACAUGCUGUGUCAAACUCAAACCUUCUUUCCAGCAUUUGCAGAAUAAUAAGGAAUUAUCACUGAAAAUCAGUCGAAGGGUAGGGGUUUUGGCAGCCAUAACUUCCUUGAUUUUGGGUGUAAAUGGAAAUUUUGGGACACAAAGUGCAAAUGCAUUUGAGUUUAAAUUUGUGGCCCCUGAUAUGACAGUUGAAGAUGCAUUGAGUGGAGUGAGGGGUCAUGCACAAGAUUUGUUACAUGUUAGAGAUUUGUUAGAGUUAGAGUCAUGGAGAGCAGCACAAAAGACAUUGAGACAGAGCUCAGCAAUUCUGAAGAAGGAUAUUUAUACCAUAAUCCAAAGCAAGCCAGGAAUUGAGAGGGCACAACUAAGGAAGCUCUAUUCUACUCUCUUCAACAAUGUGACUAGACUUGAUUAUGCAGCAAGGGAUAAAGAUGGACCCCAAGUCUGGCAGUGUUACGAGAACAUUGUUGUGGCUGUCAACGACAUUCUAUCCAGAAUAGAAUGAUCCCUUUUCUUUUGAUAUUGGAGAUUGACCUGUUCUUGAUAAGUUUAUGCCAACAGCUGACAAAAUUGCUUGUUUCAAGAAGUGGUGUAGUGAAGGAUAUGCACUCAAAAGUAGGCUGCACAAUGAAAUAACCCUGUGAUAUAGAAUUAUAGAUCAAGAGUUUGAUCAUUCAGAGUUAGAUAAUACUGAUCAAUGUUUAAUAUAUUUGACAGAAAAAUGAUGCUCAGCUUCUGUGUCAUCAUUGAUCAGGAGCUUUAGAAAAGAACGAUUGUAAGCAUAUCAAUUUUGAUAAAGAGAGAUCUGAGAUUAAGUUUUGAACUGUU